AUGAGCCGUAUGGACAUGGUCGAGGACAUGUCACAACGAUUGGCCGAGGAAGCGAUGAACCAGGUGGAGGACGUCAAGAUAGCUGUAGACGAAGUUAGAAGCUCCGUCACAGCGGUGGAGUCGCGAACAACACAGAAGAUAAACGAGGGGCUGCAAAGGGUCGGUCGAGUGCUCAAGAGGGUGGUUCAAGCACAGAAGGGCCUGCAGCAGCGAGUGGCAUCAGCUGCGAAGGAAAAGGGGACGGAACCAGAGGAAAAGGAGCGCGCGGUGGAGACUGAUCUCACGGAGGCUUCAGACCUCGCUGAAGCUGAGGAUGAUGCUGGUGGUCUCGCGGAUACUCUUCCGGCGGGGCCGUGGCCGCCUCGUGAAGCGCCUUUGUCGGAUGAAAAAGAUCAUGCGCGUUCCCGAUCGGUGUCUCCAAUCCCGACUACACGGAGAGCGACCAUUGACGGGUCUAGUACGACCCAUUUUAUAAACGUGCGCGGCGAGGUGACUGUAACCAAGGGACCGGGGCGUGGCGAUGCAACAGCUGCGACCGCGGCGGCGGCUACCACGGCUGCUGUAGUUUCGGCCGCAUCCGAGGAUGAGGAACCUUCUGAGAUUCACUCAACUCCCCGGGCGAUCCACCCUGCAUCAAGAGACCAUCGAGCACACAGUGCCCCUCCGAGGAACAGUCGCACGCCCCCAACCCACGGACGUAGUGAUGGCUUGCUCAACACGAGGGCCGCACGAGAGAAGCGACAAGCUGAGAUAGCCAAUUUGGUGAAGGAAUUGCAGCUAUUGGAGCGAGAGGAACGAGAUUUUCACAGGCAGUCCCGCUUGAGGGCGCAGAAACUCCAGAAGGGUCAGCCCGAGCCGAGGACUACAACUGCUGGUGUUGGUAGAGGGCGCAAGAUUCACAAUGUGGCUGCUACUACGGGUAUGAACAGUACUACUCGACCACGGCACAUGGCCCGGGUCUAGCUGUAUUGAAUUGAUCU